UUCGUCGUCAGGUCACAGUGAAAGCAAGAGAGCGAGUUUUGACUUUUGGAGCGUGGACCCACACUUACCACUCCCUCUUCUCCAUCUUCUUCCUCCUUCUUCCGGUGAGAACGCGUCAAACUUUCUCAGCUGCUUCCCACCCAAUUAAACUUAAAAUAUAUACCCUUCGCAUUGCGAGGUUAUUCUCGCUCUAUAUAUAUGUCUGGAUUAUCUGUUCCAGAGAGAGCUCUCAUAUACUCUCUCUACAACAAAAACAACGUUCGACGACAACCUCCGAGUACUCGAAGCCAUGUCUUGGGGUCCUUUUACUUCCGCUCGUUCAUUUCUGUUAUUGUUUCUGUUUUUGGGUUUGGGUUCUCGCAUCUGUUACGGUUCCGGGUUCGGUUUCGACAUCCACCACCGCUUCUCCGAUCCCGUUAAGGAAAUUCUAGGCUUCGAUGGCCUCCCGGAGAGAGGGAGCGUUGAAUACUACGUCGCUAUGUCACACCGAGACCGCUUGAUUCGUGGCCGUCAUCUCGCCGCCAGCGACGGCCAGAAGUCGCCGCUCACUUUUGUCAAUGGGAACGAAACUGUUAUGAUCAACUCUUUGGGAUUUUUGCACUAUGCCAAUGUUUCUGUGGGGACGCCAAGUUUAUCAUUUUUGGUGGCACUGGACACAGGCAGUGAUCUGUUCUGGCUGCCAUGCGAUUGUAUGGUAGGAAGUUGCGUAACUGCCUUGCAGACAUCAUCAAGUAUAAUAGACCUCAGCAUCUACAGUCCUAGUAAUUCAUCAACAAGCAAAAAUGUCUCCUGCGACAGCACUUUGUGCAGACAAACUCAAUGCCCUUCGGCAAAUAGUAAUUGUCCUUAUAACGUAUCGUAUCUUUCCAGUAACACUUCAUCAACUGGGAUCUAUGUAGAGGAUAUUUUGCACUUAAUUACAGAUGAUGAUCAACAAAAAGCUGUUGAAACUCCGAUUACUUUUGGUUGUGGUCAAAUUCAGACUGGUAUUUUUUUGGAGGGUGCAGCACCAAACGGUCUAUUUGGACUUGGCAUUGAGGAUAUAUCUGUUCCCAGCACCUUAGCAAGAAAUGGGCUAGCUUCAAAUUCUUUUGCCUUGUGUUUUGGACGUGAUGGGGUUGGUAGAAUCAGUUUUGGAAUUAAUGGCAGCUCAGACCAACGAGAAACACCAUUCAAUAUUAGGCAAUCACAUCCAACUUAUAACAUCAGCAUCACUCAAAUAACCGUGGGACAAAAUUCUUCUGAGUUGGAGUUCAGUGCAAUCUUUGACUCUGGUACAUCGUUUACUAGCCUAAGGGAUCCAGCUUAUACUUUUAUUUCUGAGAGUUUCAAUUCCCAGAUCCAAGAGAAACGACAUACAUCUGAUCCCCAGAUGCCCUUUGAAUACUGUUAUUACUUGAGUGAAAAUCAAACCAGUUAUGUAAUUCCUGACGUGAAUCUGACAAUGAAAGGGGGAGACAAAUAUUUUCUCAAUAAUCCAACCGUAGUUGUCAGUACCAAGGAUGGUGCAGUUUUGUAUUGUCUGGGUCUUCACAAAAGCGAUGUUAAUAUAGACAUCAUAGGACAAAACUUCAUGACAGGCUAUCAGAUAGUUUUUGAUCGCGAGAAGAUGGUAUUGGGUUGGAAGGAUUCUAACUGUUACAAUGAUCAGACCUCGAACAACCAACCUAUCAGCCCAUCACAACCUCCAACUGUCUCCCCUGCUCUUCCUGUCGACCCGGAAGCCACAGGAAACAAUUCUCAGACACCUGUGGCAGCACCACCAACCAAUCAUUCACCCAAUUUGAAGUCUUUUACUUGCACACUCGCGAUGUUUCUUGUUUCACUUUUUGCUCUUGUUUGAUCAUUCUUUAAUUUUCUGAGGCUUUCUCAAUCUCAUAUCAUAUUUACAUAUUGAAAUUUGUUGUAUUUUAGGUUAUUACAGAACCAAUUCGAAGCCUUGUCUGUUUUUUCCACUUAUCACAAUAAGAAUUGGAAGCCUUGUUGGUCUUCCUAUUUCCUAUUUGUUGGUGUUUUAUAGUAUUACUUUGAACAUUCAUUGUAAGUAUUAUAUUUUUAUACAGUUGUUUCA